AUGUUUAAAAAGUUUAACAUUAAAGAAGAUAUAGCAAGUCAGUCACAAUUAAAAUCUUCAGUUCAACGUAAUGUUAGAGCAAAACUUUUAGAACAAUAUAAAAACUUGGAACCAGUGCUUGAAGAAAUAUUACCAAAAAAAUCACCUUUAUUACAAGUAGACAAAGGGGCAAUUAAAUUUAUCCUUUCAGGAGCAAAUAUAAUGUGUCCUGGUUUGACAAGUAAAGGUGCAAGGAUUGAUGAGGAAUUGCCAGCUGAAGCAAUUGUUAGUAUAUUUGCUGAAGGAAAAGAACAUGCACUUGCUGUUGGCUUAACAAAAAAGUCAACAGAAGAUAU